AUGUCGAAUACUCAUCUCAUUUCCUCCAUCUGCCUCUUCGUGUUCACCACCGUUAUUGCCCAGCUUGACGUCGCGACCAAAUGCGGCAUUCCAGCCCUUGCCGAUGUGAACGUGUGUCUUGGCACCAGUGGCAAGCGCUACGAAGUCAUUGUCGGCCCCAGAGUCGAUUCUCUGACCUGCGACUUUCAAAUUUUCACGAGCGGCAACAAGGCCGACGAGGACAGGAACUUUCCAAAUAUCUAUCUCACGGCGGUCAAUCUCGGCAAGAAUUAUGAUUACAGCAAUGCCCGGCCCAAAUUCGAACCCGAGCUGGCCAAGCAACCCAGUCGGAUCACAGAUGGCCAAAUCAGUACAACGACAGAGAUUACGACCUACUACUUACAAUAUAGAGGCGGUUUAGAGGAUGAUGCGAUGCCUAUUUGGGGGAACGAUACGAACGGGAAAGAGCAGCAGAUUCCAGCCACUCCGCUCAAGUUAAAAGUGGGGUAUCAGUGUGUGAAUGACAUUCCUAAGGUGGCGAUACCACAGGACUUUCAGCCAUCCAUCGCUGCUAACGGAGAAGGGGGGGAAAGCUGGCUGGCUGGCCUAGAAGCUCGGAAUCAGUAG